AUGUCGGAGAUCCUGUGCCAGUGGCUCAACCAGGAGUUGAAGGUGUCCCGGACCGUGAGUCCCAAGUCAUUUGCAAAGGCAUUUUCUAAUGGCUAUCUAAUUGGAGAAGUUCUGUGCAAGUUUGACCUUCAGAGUGAUUUUUCAGAGUUUUCAGAGAGCAGGGGUUCAACUGCCAAACUGAACAAUUUCUCCCGCUUGGAGCCAACCCUUCACCUGCUGGGUGUGCAGUUUGAUCAGAAUGUUGCUCAGAGCAUCAUCACAGAGAAGCCCGGGGCAGCAACAAAACUUCUCUAUCAACUGUACAUUGCUCUUCAGAAAAAGAAAAGAUCUGGGCUGACUGGACUGGAGAUACAAACCAUGCAACCCCAGACAAACGUGAGGCUCCAGGCCCUCAAAAGUGAAGCUUUCCGAGAGAGACUUAAAAAUCUGAUACCACGCCAAACUGAUUUCAACCUGAUGCGGGUUACAUGCAGGUUUCAGGAAAAAUGUAAACAAAUGAAAGAAGAGCUUGCUCGAAUGCAUGUUGAGAAGCUUGAAAGAUCUCAAAAACUCGAGGAAGAGCAAAGACACUUUAAUAUCGAAAAGCAACUUUUAAACAGAAGACGACAAAAUGAGAUAAUGGCCAAAAUUCAAGCAGCCAUUAUACAGAUCCCUAAGCCUGAAUCAAAUCGUACUUUGAAAGCACUUGAGGCUCAAAAAAUGAUGAAAAAGAAAAAGGAGGCAGAGGAUGUGGCCCAUGAGAUUAAGAAAUUUGAAGCACUAAUAAAAAGGGAUCUUCAAGUUAAAGAAAGUGCAUCCAGGUUUUCUUUGGAAACAAUAGACCAGACGACUACCGAACUGCUCAACACUUAUUCAGAUGAUGACUACAUUAAAAAGAUCCAGAAACGCCUAGAAGAAAAUGCUCAUGCACGUGAGCAAAGGGAAAAGAGGCGACGGAGGCUGUUGAUGGACCAGUUAAUAGCCCACGAAGCACAGGAGGAAGCCUAUCGCGAGGAGCAGCUGAUACACCGGCUGAUGCGUCAGUCCCAGCAGGAGCGCAGGAUUGCCGUGCAGCUCAUGCACGUUCGGCACGAAAAGGAAGUUUUGUGGCAAAAUAGGAUUUUCAGAGAAAAACAGUAUGAAGAAAGGCGACUUAAGGAUUUUCAGGAUGCUCUUGAUAAAGAAGCGGCUCUUGCCAAACAAGCCAAAAUUGAUUUUGCCGAAAAAAUCGCCAGGGAGAAGGAAAUGCAUGAAAAGAUCUCUGUGGAAAGAGUCCAAGCACGUUAUAAGAAGCAUUAUGGGAUAUGUUCAGAAAUUUUGGAUCAGAUACUCGAUCUGUGCACUAAAGUGGCGGACUAUCGGCUGCUGACAAAUAAUCUUAUUCCACAUAAGCUGAUGCAUGAUUGGAAAGAACUGUUUUUUAUUGGAAAUCCCAUAUAUGAACAGACUCCUCUUAGACCCGGGCAUGUAAAACCUACUGAGAAUUUUUUAGAACUGAAGAAAAAAGACUUACUUGAUAUUAACGAUUAUGAAGACUAUAAGAACAUGGUUGGAGAGUGGGCCUUACCAGAGGACAUGCUUAACAGCCCACCGCCCUCCAACAAUAACAUCUUGGGUCAUCUGCUUCAAAGAUUAAUUGAAAAAUCUAUUCCCUCUCAAGACAGUUCAGCAGAAAUGGAAUUACCUUCAUUUGCUGUGAAGGGUUGCUUACUGGGGAAGACACUCAGUGGAAAAACCACUGUUCUAAAGUCUCUACAAAAAGACUUCCCUAUUAGUGUACUUUCUAUUGAUGCUCUUGUCCGUGAAGCUAUUCGGGCAUAUCAUGAACAUGAAGAAAACAGUAUCCCACCAACAUCUCAAGAAGGAAGUAAAAGAAACCCCACUCUCAACAAAGGUCAGGUCAGCAAGACAGAAAUGAUAGCAGGCCUUGCAUACUGGACUGCGCUGAAAGAAGAGAAGCUUUGCCAAGACAGGAGGCUUAGUCCGCAAGCUCAACUUGGUGCAAAAUCUGAAUACUUGCUUAGAAGAGGAAAGAGCAUUCCAGACAUACUGCUGGUUAGCAUCCUGGUCAAUGCUAUUAAGAAGUUACCUGUGAACCAAAGCUGGAUUCUUGAUGGAUUUCCAUUAACAUUGAAUCAAGCCCAGCUCCUGGAGGAAUCUCUUACAAGCUACCAAAAAAAAUCCAGAGAAUUAGAGAGGAGGAAAGCACGAAUGCCCACACUGGCCUUUGACCCUACAACUUCCAAAGAAGUGCCUUUACUCCCAUCUGCGUUUGAUUUUGUCAUCUUACUAGAUAUUUCAGACAGUUUAUCACUGAGCCGCAUGCAUGAUCUCAUGGCUAAAGAACUCUCAGGUGAAAUUUCUCCUGAAGAUGUUGACCAACGUGAAAGAAAGGAGGACCAGAACUUAAGAGAGCAGAUACAUCACAGAAUUGUUGGCUUCUUGGACAACUGGCCACCAUUGAAAGACUGGUUUACAAUGCCAAAAAAUAUUUUAAGAGAAGUCAAUGCUGAAACUGAUGAAGGGUCCGUAUGCCAAAGAGUAAAAGAAAUUUUCUCUACUGAAAUAGUAAAUAAAAAGAUCAAAGUUGAAAAGAAAUUGGAAGAAAAGGAAGCUGAGAAAAAGGCGGCAGCUGCCUUGGCUGAGACUCCUGUUGUGAUUCUUCCCCCUCCUUCUGAAGCAGAAAAAGAAGAGACUCAUCCUCACCAGGAGCCACCAAAAAUGUAUCCUGGGAAAGGAAAGGCCCAAUCAGACACCCUGCAUGGUAAGCAAGAAUCUCAACAAGAAGGAAAAGGAAAGAAAGUUUCUCUUAAAGGGAAAGGACAAGGAGGCAAAACUCCAGCGAAGAAAUCACCUGUUGUCUCCUCUUUCGAAUCAUCACCCAUACAAUCAUCAGUACCGCCACACCCUAAGCCAGGAUCCGAAGACUGGGUCUAUGUGAAUGAGCCUAUACCUGAGGAACUACCUUCAUUUUUAGUACCUUACUGGGAACUGAUAGAGAAAUCCUACAUAAACCACAUCAAAACAGUACUUCGGCAUCUUAGAGAAAACCAGCACACUGUGAUCUCUUAUAUAUAUGAGACCAGAACAAAUUUCCAGGAGUUUCUAAGGCGUCCAGAUCACAAGCAAGAAUUUGUAUCUCAGUGGCAGGCUGAUUUUAACUCUGUUCCUGAAGACCUGUGGAACGACGAGGAAAUAAGGGCUGAACUACACCAAAGAGUGAACGACCUACAAGACCGCCUGUGGGACAUCUGUGAAGCCAGAAAGGAAGAGGCAGAGCAAGAGAGACUUGACAUCAUUAAUGACAACUGGCUGCAGGACUUUGUCGGAAUAACAAUGAAUCACUUCUUUUCCCUGAUGCAGGCAGAAGUGAACCGUUUCCAAGACACAAAAAGACUCCUUCAAGAUUAUUACAGAGCAAUGGAAUCCAAAAUCCCACUAGAAGACACUAGGAAAUUUACUCGAAUACCGUUAGUUCAGCUGGAUGGUAAAGAAAUUUCAGAAAGCCAGCUCAGAAUUCCUCUAGUUCCUCGAAUAUCCAGUUCUCCAGAAAAUGCUACCAUCAGACCAAAGCUGAAAGCAUUACUGAAGGACAAGCUCGACCCCCCACUGGAAGCUUUGGAAUUUAACCUGGAGGUAGACGAGAAGAUAGUACUGGACACCUGGCAGCAGGCCUCAAUGGCCAUCUCCCACAUGGUGGCUGCUGAAGUCCAUCAAAGGUUUAUAGAGGAAGAAAAAGAAUCGAUCUCAGUAGAUACCAGAGAAAAGUCUCCUCAGGCGGGUGCAAAUAAAAAAGCCAAGAAGGAGAAAGAGCAACCAAAGAAGAAAAAGCCAGAAAAGAAAGAAAAAGGUAAAUCACCACCUGUGGCAGAUGUCAGUCCCGUCACGAUAUCACCUGAGGAAGUGGCUGAAAUAGAAAGGAAAAAUGAACUGAAGCUCAGGAUAAAGGAAGAACAUCUUGCUGCCUUGCAGAUGGAAGAAGCAGCCACGCAAUUUCGACUUGAACUAAUAAAGUCAAAAACUUUGACUAUCCUUGAAGAGUUAGUAACAAAGGUGAUUGAUGUCUUCAGGCUCAUGGAGAAGUGGCUUGGUAAGAGAUACUUGAAUGAAAUGGCCAGUAUAGAGAAAUUGACUGAAGUAGCUCGCUACUACAUUGAAACAGCUACAAAAAUUCAAAAUGAAAUUUAUUUAAGCCAAGAAGACUUCUAUAUCAACGGAGACAUAAAAGUCUUCCCAGAUGCUCCCCCACCAAUCCGCCCUCCACCCAUAGAAAAGGAAGAAAACAGCAGCCUAACAAUCAAACAGCUUGACAGUCUUCGGGAGCAGUUCUUAGAUAUGGUGCCUAAAGGCAUAAUAGGAAAUAAAGCAUUCACAGACAUUUUGCUUGAUUUGCUGACCCUGAACUUUGGAACGAAUAGCCUUCCCAGCAGCUGGAGUCACCUCACCCCACCUGAUUUGCAGGAGAUAACAUCUUUAUUAACAGUCAACUCAGAGUUCGUGGACUGGAGGAAGUUCUUGAUGGUCGCAGCCAUGCCAUGGCCCAUCCCGCUGGAGGAGGAGCUCCUGGAGACCCUGCAGAGGUUUAAGGCCAUGGAUGUAGCACAGACAGGCACCAUCACCUUCGAACAGUAUAUGCAGGCUGGUCUGUGGUUUACAGGAGAUGAAGAUGUAAAAAUUCCAGAAAAUCCCCUCGAACCCUUGCCAUUCAAUAGGCACGAUCAUCUUAUAAAGUUCUUCUUUAGGCUGUUUGCUGACUUUGAGAAAGAUCCACCUCAGCUCGACUACACUCAGAUGUUGCUGUAUUUUGCAUGCCACCCGGACACUCUGGAAGGGGUCUACAGGGCUCUCAGUGUGGCUGUGGGGACUCACAUCUUCCAGCCGAUUGAAACACCUAUGCUGACUGCAGAAAAGAUCUCCAUCUCCACUGUGAGUCCCAUUGAAGAGUUUCCUGAGGCUGAGGAUGUUACUAGAGAAGAGAGGGAACUGAAAGAGGAGAAAGAUGAGAGAGACCAAAAGGAAGAAGAAAUCCCUGAAAACAUAAACACUGAAAAGAUUUCCAUGGAAACACUGCUCAAAGUGUUUGGAGGAGGAAUCGAAGCGCUGGAUGCUAACAGAUUUGCCAGCUCCCUAAAGACAGAGAAUAUUUAUACAGAGAACUUCAUAAAGACUUUUCAUGACCUGGGUUCCAGGAACCUGGAGCCAGUUGAAGUUAAUAUUCUUUUGAAGCAUCCUUUCAUUCAGGACCUGAUUGCAAAUUAUUUAGACUAUAAACUUCCUGAUAUUAAAAUGGUUCUCCAAAGGAAUGAGCAUGUACAAGGCAGUGAUGGAUAAAAGUCAUUCUCCAGACUUACAGAGGAAAA